ACCACUAAGAUGGCCAUAAAAGUGAAACCCAAAACUUGUAAACUUUAGCCUCAAAAACAUUCUCUCUCUCUCUCUCUAAGUCAUCAUCUCUUUGAACUUAUCAGGGGUUGAUCAUAUGUCUAACAGGGAUUGUAUAAAUUAUAAGUGAAGUACACAUCAUGGACCAUCAUCACUAUACUCAUCAUGAUCAUGAUCAAUACCAACAUCAUCAAAUGACUAUUACUAACAAUAAUCCCUACAACACCAUCAUCACCACACCACCACCAAGAACAACAACAGUGGAUUCAACAACAAUGAUAAUGGAUGCUGAAAAGAAGAUGAUGACGACGAUGACCAGUAGGCCACAAGAACUAAGAAAUUGUCCAAGAUGCAACUCAAGCAACACCAAGUUCUGUUACUACAACAACUACAGCUUAGCACAGCCUAGGUACUUAUGUAAGUCUUGUCGGAGAUACUGGACUGAAGGUGGCUCUCUCCGUAACGUCCCCGUAGGCGGUGGUUCUAGAAAGAACAAGAAGCUUCCAUUACUACAACCUAAUUCCUCCUCUUCUUCUCCGGCCAAGAAUCUCCCGGAUCUCAACCCUCCUUUUGCCUUCACAUCAUCAUCAUCAACAUCAACAUCAUCAAACCCUAGCAAGAGUGCCCAUCGAAAUAAUAAUGACCUCAGCCUCUCCUUCUCCUAUCCUACUAUGCAAGAAGACAAGAGAGCUCAAGGGCACUAUGGUCACUUCACGGAGCAAGCUAUGUCAGGAGGGCAAAACUGUCUUUUCGCAGCUCCCAUGGGAAUGAUUCAGUUUCGUCAAGAUUAUGGUCAUGACCACAACAAUACCGAUAUUGGGUUUUCGUUAGAUAGUAACAAGGUAGACUCUAAUAAUCAGAAUAACUUGCUUGUUAAUGGAGGAGGAAGUAAGCUGAUGUUUUCAUAUGGAGAUCGUGAUGAACAUCAUCAUGACCAUGAGAGACACGAUGAUGGUAAUAAGAAGAGAGAAAGUGGUUCAAGCAAUGAGCUAUGGAGUGGAAUCAUCCUAGGUGGUGAUAGUGGUGGACCAACAUGGUGAUAUUGGUGGACCAACAUGGUGAUAUUGAAGAACAUUGUCAAAAGGAAAAAAGACAAUAAAGACAAAAACAAACAGUGACGAGCAAAAAUAUGUGAUUAGAUUUUGGAGUUUUCAGACCCGGAAGAGUCGCCUUGGGAGGAGCAUGAUGAUUCUUCUUUCUGCUUUUUAUAAAUUUCUCUGUUCAUUUUCUUUGUCUUAUUUGGCUUUUCGUUUGCUUCUCUAGGACCUUUAAAACAUAUAUGUCAAAUCCAUAUUAUUAUAAAUAUGGUCUCUUCUAUCAUAUCAAAACUUUAUAUGAUCAAUGUUAAUUUA